GGCGUCGCUAGUGGCGGAAAGCUGUAGUUAGUUCGUAUUCUUCUACAGCAUUUAUUUAUUUAUCGGGGGACAGUCUUGACGGUGACUGCAGACAUCAUGGCGAGCUUGGAUCAGAAAUCGCCUAACGUUCUUCUGCAGAGCCUCUGUUGCAGGAUAACGGGGAAAAGCGAAGCUGAAGUUGCCCACCAGUUCCAGUAUGCGGUGCGAGUCAUCGGCAGCAACUAUGCCCCCACUAUUGAACGGGACGAGUUCCUGGUGUCAGAGAAAAUCAAAAAGGAGCUGUUGAGGCAGAGGAGAGAAGCAGAUGCUGCUUUGUUCUCAGAGCUGCACAGAAAGCUUCAGACACAGAGCGUUCUGAAGCAUCGCUGGUCGGUUCUCUACCUGCUGCUCAGCCUCUCUGAAGACCCCCGCAAACCGUCCAGCAGGGUCGGGAACUACGGGGCACUGUUUGCACAGGCCCUCCCCAGGGACGCUCACUCCACCCCGUUUUACUGCACCCGACCCCAGAGUCUGGCCCUGGGCUACGGGGAGAGGAGCGCUGGCCUGUCCGGAAGUGUCGGGACCAGCGGGAUUUCCAGUUUAGGAGUGUACACGCUGAACGGACCCUCGCCGACACCGCAGACUCUGCUGGCUGGUCAACCUCCUCAGUCUGCAGCUGCUCAGCCUCUGGGCUCACGCUUAGCCUGGGCUCUUCCUAUCACCUCCUCGCCUUCAUCUGCUCUGGGCCCGCCCACAACUCGGCCACCCCUCGGGCCACCAGUUCCCUCCAGCAGAUUGGUCCGUCCUCGCCGAGAUGGCGAAGCGACUGGUGAGGUCAACGAGGCGGCGCUGGUGCGGGACAUCCUCUACGUCUUCCAGGGGAUUGAUGGCAAGUUCAUCAAGAUGAACGCCCAAGAAAACUGCUACAAAAUAGACGGCAAGGUGGUUCUAUGCAAGUCCCUGAGAGACACCAGCAGCAGACUGGCUGAGCUCGGUUGGCUCCACAACAAGGUCAGGAAGUACACGGACGCCAGGAGCCUGGACCGGGCCUUCGGACUGGUUGGACAGAGCUUCUGUGCAUCGCUCCACCAGGAGCUGAAGGAGUACUACAGGCUCCUGUCUGUGCUCCACUCACAGUUGCAGGUGGAGGACGAACAGGGGGUGAGCGUUUGCGCAGAGAGCAGUUUGACCCUGAGGAGGCUCCUCGUCUGGAUGUACGACCCCAAGGUGCGGCUCAAAACACUGGCCGCCCUCGUCGACUUCUGCCAGGGGCACAAGGGGGGCGAGUUGGCUUCGGCUGUUCAUGCGUAUGGGAAAACCGGAGACCCGCAGAUGAGAGCACUGGUUCAGCACAUCCUCAGCCUAGUGUCCAACCCCAUCUUGAACUUCCUCUAUAGGUGGAUAUACGACGGAGAGUUGGAGGACACCUACCAUGAGUUCUUUGUAGCAUCAGAUCCAAAUGUUAAGACGGAUCGUCUGUGGCACGACAAGUACUCCCUCAGGAAGUCAAUGAUCCCUUCGUUCAUCACUAUGGACCAGGCUCGCAAGGUUCUGCUGAUCGGCAAAUCCAUCAACUUCCUGCAUCAGGUUUGUCACGACAGAACGCCGCCAGGCAAAAUCACACCAGCGUCCAAACCUGCAGACACUCCUAAAGAUGCCGCAGAGCUGCUCUCUGACCUUGAGGGAGCGUUUCAGGAGAAAAUUGAUGCUGCCUACUUCGACACCAGCAAAUACCUGCUGGAUGUUCUGAACCGAAACUACCUGCUGCUGGAGCACCUGCAGGCCAUGAGACGAUACCUGCUGCUGGGCCAAGGAGACUUCAUCAGACACCUCAUGGACCUGCUGAAACCUGAGCUGGCCCGUCCUGCUACAACAUUAUAUCAACACAACCUUACUGGGAUCUUGGAGACCGCAGUCAGGGCCACCAACGCUCAGUUUGACAAUGCAGAGAUCCUGAAGAGGCUGGACGUACGGCUGCUGGAGGUGUCUCCUGGUGAUACGGGCUGGGAUGUUUUCAGUCUCGAUUACCACGUCGACGGACCCAUCGCAACGGUGUUUACAAGAGAGUGUAUGGGCCACUACCUCCGCGUCUUUAACUUCCUGUGGAGGGCCAAGAGGAUGGAGUAUACACUGACUGACAUCUGGAAGGGACAGAUGUGUAACGCCAAGCUGCUGAAAACCAUGCCUGAGCUGUCUGGUGUGCUGCAUCAGUGUCACAUCCUGGCCUCUGAGAUGGUCCACUUCAUCCACCAGAUGCAGUACUACAUCACCUUUGAGGUGCUGGAGUGCUCAUGGGAUGAGCUGUGGAACAAAGUCCAGCAGGCUCAGGACCUAGACCACAUCAUUGCUGCCCACGAUGUCUUCCUGGACACCAUCAUAUCCAGAUGUUUGCUYGACAAUAACAGCAGGUCUCUUUUGAACCAACUGAGGGCCAUAUUUGACCAGAUAAUUGAGUUCCAAAGUGCCCAGGACGCCCUCUACCGCUCUGCGCUGGAGGAGCUGACCCUCCGACUGCAGUUUGAGGAGAAGAAGGCAGCCAGGGAGGAGGAGGGUCAGUGGGGAGUGACAGCUGAACAGGAAGCAGAGGAGAAAAGGAGGAUUCAGGAGUUCCAGGACACCAUACCAAAGAUGAGAUCACAGCUCCGAAUCCUCACCCACUUCUAUCAGAGUAUCGUCCAGCAGUUCCUGGUGCUGCUGAUGACCAGCACAGACGAGAGUCUGCGCUUCCUCAGCUUCAGACUGGACUUCAACGAGCACUACAGGGCCAGAGAGCCGAGGCUGCGAGUGUCUCUUGGCGCCCCCAGAGGCCGCCGCCUCUCCAACAUCUGACGUGACGACUGACAGCCGCCGCCCCCUCCCAUCCAGUCUGUCCACGUGAGCGAACGUCACACACGCUUCACCUCCGGAUGAUGUCGCCGCGUCUCGGAGGCGUGAUCCAGACCCUCCCCCUCCCCUACCACAAAGUGAUGACAUCACUGCUCUGUGUGGCAACAUCAGCUGAGCGGAAAGGAUUCGCGUCAAGAACUUUUCUAAAUUUGCAGGUUAUUUAAAGAAAGAARGUGUCUGCAUGAAGCGAGAGUUCAUCUUAGGAAAACUUUCUGGCUGUGACGAGGAUGGAGCUGUCCACGCCACAGAGCGCCUCCUUCCAUGGCAUGCCUUAUCAGUGAGCGAACUGGUUGCCAAAUUCAGCCCCGACACACAAAAUAUUUGUACAUAGAGUGUUGCAGAUGUGUGUGUAUACAUGUAUGGUUACACGUCGACCCUCUUGGGUCGGAUGGGUGUGAUGAGCAUUUCUUUUCCAUUUUGUAUUUAUAAAAGUUAUUAUUAAAAUGUUGAAUUGUAAGUAUCAUUACAGCUGUUUUGAAAAUGAGUUUUUGUCCUCAUUAAGGUGGUAGAAACUGAAGGAACCAACAAGAAGAUGCGUCUUUUAGCUUCUCAGGUCAKUUAGAUCACAACCACAUUCAGCAGCUAUUAAAACCCCAUAUUACUGGUAAAUUUAUUACAGCUUAACCAUCAACUUUAAGACCGACUGAAAGGUGUUGCCACUUGUGCAUCAGCUAACAAAGUUUUACACUUAUUUUGUAUUUAGUGGGUUUUUUAUGUCCGUGUUUACAAAUUGUGUUUUUCUGUCUAUGAGGAGGAAAUCAUGUUGAAGAACCACAGCCACCUCAGAAACCAGAGGAUUUCUAAAUGUUUGGAUGUUUUUAAAAAGUGUAAAUAUUUCUACUCACAGGUUCAGUUGCUUGUCACGUGAGACUUUUUCUAAAUUGGAGUAUUUGAAUAGGGUUUGCUUCAUCUUUGUGCAGAAAUAAGGACUUUUUUAAACAUAGUUCACAGUUCAUGUUUUCAGCACAGACAGAAACAUCAAACCAAAGCAAAAAGCUUCCUGUUGGUAAAUCCAUGUUUCAGUCGAGAACAUGGGAAAGACAUAUUUGUUGGUUCUGGUGACGUUUCGAAGCUAAACAUUGGAUCAGUCUUAAAUGUUGGAGCUCUGGACCAAAGUCAGAGUUUUUAAACCAAGCUGUUGGUUUUAUGUGUUAAACUCAGUAAAUGGGUUUUCUUAAGCUGUUGCCCUGUGGUGGCGGUAUCUGCAGGUUUUCAAACUUGUCUCCUUUUAGUUGUUUUUUCCCCCACUGCAAUCAGGAUCAAUCCAUCCCAUAAUAACCAGUUUAAACUGAUCUGAUUUAAACUGUGUGAAGUGACUUCCCCGUCUGUAUUUUGAGCGAAUCAAUCGGUGCUGCGUUUGGUCUGCUUUCUGACAAUGACUUCCCAAACUGAUCCUGGAUCAGCACUUGUGUUUGUGCUCUGUACAUAAUCCUCACUGUAUAGCACAUAAUGUAUAAACACUGGAGAUGAUCUAACCACUUUCCUCUUUAAUAAAAACAUACUUUUUUAACUUA